AAUUGUAAAAAAAAUAACUUUUAUAAGAAUAAUAACAAAUUUAUUUUCAAAAUGAGUAAAUCACCUCCUGACACCAGAUAUUGCCGUUCACCAAAAGAUAUUAACAAAAUUAUUAAACUAGCUAAACUUUCCGUUAACGAAUUAACUUCGACCACACAAACAAUAUUUUUCGCAAACGAAAUGAAAAAUGAUAUAAAAUUCUUAGAAUUAGAUGAAUAUCUUUUAACACAACUCAAACAAAAUAAACCGUUGCACUUAAAAGGGGACGGCGAUGAAAAUGUGGUUCUAUGCACUGAAGAUCGUACGUUCGAUUUAAAAGAAGCGGAAGUUUCAAAUUCCUUAUUACUUAUUCCCGAUUUAGAACGAUUUGUUGAAGAUCAGGAUCAAGAAUUCGAUGCUGAAAAUCGUAUUAUUAUUCGAAAGGAUGUUAUUCAAGUUUUUAAUAGUUAUGUCGAACCGAAAAUUUGUUCACCACGUUUCGGAAAAUUACAUCAACUUUUAAACAAUUCGAAAUAUAAAGGACCCGAACAUGAAUCCGAACAAAUGACUUUAUAUUCGUACAAUGAACUGUUAUCGAAAGUUCAAGCUAGUAAAAAAGAAUUCGAUGACGUUUUAAUAAAAUUAAAAGCAUUGGAAAUCGAUAAUAAAAUUCGUAUUAUUGAUUUUGAAUAUCAUUUUCGUGUACUCUCAUACAUGCUUGAUUUAAUACAAGAAAACUCAUGGCAAUUAAAUGAAAUCGAUAAAAGCGAAACGAUCCGAAGUUUAGAAGAUAUUGUACCAACGAUUAUUUUAGAAAAAUUAUUUAACUUAUAUACAGAACCAUCAGGAAUUAUCGAUGAUAAACAAUUUUAUCGAUAUAAAGAAACGGAUGUUUGUCGAUUUUUAGCGGAAGCGUUGUUGAAAAGUACCGGGAAAUUAAAUUUAAUGGAUUUUAUGCAAGCAUGGAAAGAAUCCGUACCGGAAGGAAUGUUGACCGAUGAAAGUAUGUUAAAUGGUUUGGCGGUUAUUGAUACCGAAACAAAACCGAAUUGUGUUUGGUUGUUGUAUGAAGAAAAUUUACCGGAAACUAUUACAGAACGUUUUCGAGUUUUAUUCCAAGCGAAAGAACGUUGGACGAAGGAACAGAUUAUACCUUAUAUCGAACGUUUAUCAACUGCAAAAAUGGAUGUAAAUACAAUGCUUACAAAAUAUUCUCGAUCAGCAACUGGAGGCGAUGGUCGCAGAUAUUAUUUGUCAAAACAUGGCAAAUAAUUAUCAGUUUCUAAUAUUUAUAUAUUA